AUGCACCGUGUUUUAGAAGGCUUGUCCUGUGUGUCGGUUGUGAUGGAUGACGUAUUAGUAUGGGGCAGAACUAAAGACGAACACGACUACAGCUUAAAACUUGUGUUGUCCCGUUGUCAACAGCACAACCUUCGACUUAACCCAAAGAAGAGUGCGUUUCUGCAGCCGGAGGUCCGGUACCUGGGACACAUCCUCACUACAGAAGGCCUACGCCUGGAUCCGGAGAGGGUACAAGACAUACUUGGAAUGCCUGAACCGUCGAACAAGAAAGAACUGGAAGUAUUUCUUGCCUCAGAAGCUCGUCUAAAACGUAUUCUCGCAGCAACAAACAACGAUACCGUUGUCUCCAAGCUGCGGGAAUAUGCGCUGACCAGUUGGCCUGACAACAAGCACGAGGUUCGAGAAGUAAUCCGCCCCUGCUGGCCUUACCAGGAGGAGAUACACGCACAGGACGGUCUUCUAUUUCGCAGCAUUAAGGUAAUAAAGGAAUUUCGCCACACCACUGCUAACCUGCUGAAGUCUUGGUGCGCCGAACUUUUUUCAGUUCAUGGAUUACCGCUUAAAAUGUGCAGCGAUAACGGGCCGCCAUUCAACAGCACAGACUUCAAAGACUUUUUAUAUGGGCUCGGCAUUACCCACGUAACGUCAAGCCCAUAUUAUCCACGGUCCAAUGGUAUGACGGAGAGGGCCGUGCAAGAAGCCAAAAAACUACUAAAGAAGUGUUCUCUUAGAACGCGAGAUUUCCACAUGGCUCUGCUUGAAUGGCGUAAUACUCCACGCGAUGCUGUUUUGAAGUCCCCUGUGCAGAGACUGAUGGGAAGGCAGACGAGGACCCUGCUGCCUGUACCCGCAAGCCACCUGGUGCCGGAGAUUGUGCCCAACCGAGCCGUCCAUAACCGUCUCCAGGAAAUCCGCCAACGCCAGAGGAUCUACUACAGCCGCCACUCCAGGAACCUGCCACCCCUGUCUCCUGGCCAGAGAGUGACUGCAUACGAUACCCAUGAGAAGACCUGGGCACCUGCGGUCUUUCUGAGGCCAGCUGAGACGCCGCGCUCCGUGGUGCUGAAGACUGAAGAGGGCCAGGAAAUUAGGCGCACUCGUGAGCAUCUGCGACACGCGCCUUCACAUCCCGAAGAGAGUCCUAGUGCCGGGUCCGAACGACUAGACGACGCCCAGCCCGCCCAAGAGCUACGUAGAAGCACAAGGCCACGCCGGGAGCCUUGCCGCUACCCCCAACCAGAAAGACCAUUGUCAUUAUUUGCUUCCCUAAGAAAGGGAAGAUGUAGCAUGGCUGAGUCACUCUGA